CUGUUUUAAUCAAUAUGUAUAUAUAUGUUUGUGCCUACUCUAAUAGGGGACAGACGUAUGUAUGUAUGUUUGAUUAAAGCUUAUUAAAGUGUAGCAAUUUUCUAUAAAUAUUCAAGAACAAACAAUUAUAAAUAUUUUUGAUUGAUUAUAUAAAAAGUUCUUUGGUAGUGAUUUAAAAUGUUAAUCGUGUCUGAACUGCAGCAACAUAGAUUUUAUUUAAUUUAUAUAUUAAUCAAUCGACUUCAUGGACACUCAUCGUUAUAGUUAAUAUAAAUAAAUAAAAAAUAAAAUAAAAAAAAAAUGCAUGUUAUAACAGUUUUAUUCAAAAUCAACCCACGGAGUGCUAAUAAUAACAAUAAAUUUGAACUAAUACAGUGAUGUACUUAAAGUAUAUUGUGUAAAAAUUAUGCAAAUAAUAAAAUAAAUAUAAUAAAUUUGUGAUGAGUGGCAAACUAAUAGUACAAAAUCUGUCCCUUUUUUAUAAUUUUAAUUCUAUAAUGAUAAAAUCAAUAGAUAUUAGUUUUCCUUUAAAGUCUUAUCAUAGUGAAUAUGAAUAUCAGUCCUUCACAAGUGAUAAUAUAUAACGUGAGUGUGUGUUUGAUUAGUCAUAACUCUAUAGUUGUUUUGUAUCGAAGUUUCCUUUCAAAUGGGUAUAUUUUGUGAAAUUAAUAUAGCUAAAGCUGGCAAUGGAGAAUUCAGGGCCGGGGAUGUUGUAUCUGGUUCGAUCAAGUAUGCAGUUGACGUGAAUACUGUAUUUAAAAAUAUAACUGUUUCUUUGAAAGGAGUUGGAAACUUAUACAUAAGAGAUACACAAAAUAACAAAAGUUCUGAUUACUUUAAUAAAGAGGAAUACGUGGACAUUGAUAGUAUUAUAGAACAUGAAGAAGUUUUGCUACCCACAGGACAAUACGAGACACAAUUUAGUUUUGCACUUCCAGAGAAUAUACCUCCAUCAUUUGCAUAUCGUAGUAAUGAAUAUGAUUACUACAUAAAAUGUAAGAUUUCAUACUACAUUCGAAUUAAAUUUGAUAGACCUGGUAUGUUACAAUUACCUGUGAGGUUCAAAAAAGUAAUUGCAGUGCGAACAGAUUUGAUUCCAACGCUACCGAGAGAUCCAAUAAUAUACGCGAAACAGAAAAAGGUAAUAAAAUUAUUCGCUGCCAACAAAAUAAUGAGCGUAAAAGCUAAUAUCGAAAAUUCAGUGAUUAAUGGUGGUGAAACAGUGAGAUUUAAUUAUGAAAUAUUCAAUGACAUAAAUGUAGAAAUAACAGGCGUUGAAGUGAAAUUAGUAGAAGUACACAAAUUUAAAGCCAGUGGAUUGUAUGAUGUGAAGAGGUAUAAAAAUAUUGGAGCACAACAUAGAACAGCUGGAAUAAAAGGUGGUGACACCCAAAAAGCCGAUUUUGCUAUUACUAUACCAUUUGAUUUGAGAACACUGCAAUACUCUAAUAUAGCAUUUCGAGAUUAUUUUGUCAAAAUAAAAGUGCUCUUACCAUCUUUUCGACGUAAUUUUGCACUUCAUAUUCCAAUCGAAGUUGGUGAUAAAAAUGGAGAAGCAGGUGUACAUUCUAAGUCGCCACCAUCUUAUUGGGAGGUGAUGGGUGAAUGUAUUAAGGAUAAAGCUUUUAAUGAUAAUAGCUGGUCAACGGACGAAGACAUGUGAAUUAAUUAUAUGUUUAGUAAUAAUUCUUCUAAUAUUCAGUAUUUUAACAGUUCAAAAUACUAAAUAUAAAAACAUUUAUCACUAAUCAUAUUGAAAGUACCUUGAUAACCUGUUACAUAGGUUUAUUCCUAUCUAGCUUAAGUAUCACUUUUCAAAUUUGAGUGUGUGUAAUCACUAUUUUCUUUUUAGUCAUAGUAAUUUUAUACAUAUUUUAUAUAAUUAAUAUAUAAUUUGUAACAUCAAAAUAUUAAAUUACAUGAGUCACGAAAA